CCUAGGUCGACGCCUGCUACAAGUUACGCAAACCGUAUCGGAAUUUCGUUUGGUUUUGCUCGACGAUUACGGCGGGAGCGAUCCGGGACGGAGCUCGUCGUGUAGUGUCCCUGCUUUCCUUCUCGAUCAUUGGAUGCUGGAAAUAGGAGCUUUGGAGCUGUCAAUAGUCCUAGAGAGGAGUGGGAGAAAUCUAUUUGGAUUUUUUAGGACAUUUGAGGGGUUCUUGCUUUCACAGAGGAGAGCUGAAGUGGAUGGUUUAUCCAACAUUUAAUUUGCAUUGGUUAUUGCCGUUGAGCAUUUUGGAGGGCUUGGGCAAUGGAGCUUGUGGAGCACCAUUCGCAUCAAGAAUUUCUUUCUUGGGACUAUAUUUACAGUGGCAACCAUGAGUUCUCGACUAAGUCGUACACUUUAUGUGGGCAACCUCCCUAUAGAUAUACGGGAAUCAGAAGUUGAAGAUUUAUUUCGCAAGUAUGGCCACAUAGUGGAAAUUCAAUUGAAGAAUCCACCAAGACCCCCUGGUUAUUGUUUUGUUGAGUUUGAAAGUUCGCGGGAUGCAGAAGAUGCAGUCAGGGGCCGUGAUGGCUAUGAGUUUGAUGGACAACGUCUUAGGGUUGAGGUAGCCCAUGGUGGUCGAGGGCAAUCGUUUCCAGUUGGACGAGGUAGUCGGCGUGGUGGGGGAGAAAACAAAUUUGGAGCGUCACAUCGUUCAGAAUAUCGAGUGAUUGUUCGGGGGCUUCCUUCUUCAGCUUCAUGGCAGGAUCUAAAGGAUCACAUGAGGAAGGCUGGAGAUGUAUGUUUUGCACAGAUUUACCGUGAUGGUGAUGGUGUUAUGGGGUUGGUGGAUUAUACAAAUUCUGAAGACAUGAAAUAUGCCAUUCGUAAGCUUGAUGACACUGAAUUUAAAAAUCCCUUUUCGAGGUCCUACAUCCGGGUGAAAAGCUAUGAGAGAAGUAUGUCAAGGAGCCGAAGUCCAAGCAGAAGCCGUAGUAGAAGCAGAGGCCCUAGAAGGAGUCGGAGCAAAUCAUAUGAAAGGGCUAAAUCAAGAUCACCAUCCAAACCUGAAUCUCCACGACCCAGAUCUCAGUCUCCAGCCAGAGCGUCCAGAUCAAGAUCUAGGUCGAGAUCCAGUUGAUAAUUCCAGGUCUGCGCCUCUUCAAGAUUAACUGUAUUCUCUAAAUUCUGCAAACUACCGCCGUUACUUCCGUGUUAUCUCUGUCUCCUUUAAAUUCUGCAAACCACUGCGAUGCUUCAGACAAUGAGCGAAUUUUAUCUGGCAUAUUCAACUCUUGUUUGUUCAAUUUAGUUACUUGAAUUCGAGUUCUAUUUGUUGUUUACUCUUACAAACUGUGGAUCAAACAAUUAUCAGCUGUUUUGUGUGGAAUUAUCGAGUGCUUUUCUUAUUUUAAAUUUUGUA